AUGGCGACACGUAAAGUAAACGUCGAAUUCUGUCCCAUGAGCGCCAAAGGCAUUGAAGAAUGGAAAACCACAACCGAACUACCCGAGGACUUAUUCGGACCCUUGAGCCUGCAAGAAACACCCGCCCACAGAGCGCGCCUCAUCCCAGCAGUCCAAUCAAUGCUAUCGGCCUACCAAAAUGAGUGCAACGCGAAGAUCGAGGCUUCAAAUUCGACAUGCGUGAGCUGCAAUGCCAAAGCUGCUGCCGCAUUGUUCAGGGCCCUAUCGCACCUGCAUCUGACGGCAGAAGAGGAGGGCAAGGAUGGCCCACGCAUCCGCACCUACGUGAUUCCGCUUUGCAAGAAGCCCGAUUGUCGCCGCAUAGCUACGGCCGGCAAUGAGCGUAUUAUGGACCGCACUCUUGCACAGCAGAUGACACAGAUGACGCUGGGGAAACAGUGUCCAUGUGGUAUUUGUGUGGGGACCAAGGCGUGCCAAAUGUAG